GGCGAGGCUUUAGCCACGGGGUCUGGUGCGCGGCUGACGGCCCCCGGGCUCCGCCGCAAGCGCCUGUCCCUCCCGCCUCCUCGGCGGGGAGCUCCCUGGGAAUCGCUGUCGAGCGGCGGCAGCCGGCCCGGGCGGAGACAGACAGACAGCCGGGGCGCGGAGCGCGGCGACAGGCGGCGGAGCGCGUUUCCCUCGCUUGGCCGGCGGGCGGGGAGGAUCGGCUCGGCUCUGCUGGGCGAGGUCGGCGCUGACGGCGGCGGGCGCCCGGCGGGGAAUCGGCCGUGCCGCGGAGCCAUGCCCGCCGCCCUCCUCCUCCUCUUGCUGCUCCUCAGCUGCCACGCCGCCGCCGAGGGCGACGGUUCCCUGCGCCGGCCGGGCCCGGGCAGGCAGAGCGCUCCGGCCGCAGCCGACGCCGCGACCCCGACGGCCGGGGCCCCCGUCGUGCGGGGCGCCGAGCACAACUCGUCCCGCCCGGAUGCGCUACCCAAGGGCGGGCGGGUGGCUGGAGGGCGGCCGCGCCCUGCCUCACCCCCCAUGUGCACGGGGCAGACGGAGAUCAAGGAGACUUUCAAGUACAUCAACACGGUGGUGUCCUGCCUGGUCUUCGUCCUGGGCAUCAUCGGCAACUCCACGCUGCUGCGGAUCAUCUACAAGAACAAGUGCAUGAGGAACGGCCCCAACAUUCUUAUCGCCAGCCUGGCCUUGGGCGACCUGCUCCACAUCAUCAUCGACAUCCCCAUCAAUGUCUACAAGCUGCUUGCAGAGGACUGGCCCUUUGGUGUGGAAAUGUGCAAAUUAGUACCUUUCAUUCAAAAGGCAUCCGUGGGCAUCACAGUGUUGAGUUUGUGUGCCCUCAGUAUAGAUAGGUACCGAGCAGUUGCUUCUUGGAGUCGCAUUAAAGGAAUUGGAGUGCCGAAGUGGACUGCUGUUGAAAUUGUACUGAUCUGGAUUAUAUCAGUGAUACUGGCUGUUCCAGAAGCUAUUGCAUUUGACAUGAUUAAGAUGGAGUAUAGAGGAAAGGAUCUUAGAAUCUGCUUGCUCCACCCCACACAGAAAACAUCCUUUAUGAUGUUUUACAAGCAAGCUAAAGACUGGUGGCUGUUCAGCUUUUACUUCUGUUUGCCACUGGCUAUCACAGCGUUUUUCUAUACUCUCAUGACUUGUGAGAUGUUACGAAAGAAAAGUGGGAUGCAGAUUGCUUUAAAUGACCACUUAAAACAGAGACGUGAGGUGGCCAAAACUGUGUUCUGUCUGGUACUUGUUUUUGCCUUGUGUUGGCUUCCACUUCACUUAAGCAGAAUAUUAAAACUCACUAUUUAUGAUCAGAAGGAUCCCAACAGAUGUGAACUUUUAAGCUUUUUUCUUGUGAUGGACUACAUCGGUAUUAACAUGGCUUCACUGAAUUCCUGCAUCAAUCCGAUAGCCCUGUAUUUGGUGAGCAAAAGAUUCCAAAACUGCUUUAAGUCUUGCUUGUGUUGCUGGUGCCAAUCUAAAGAUCUGUUGUCCCUGGAGGAAAGGCAGUCCUGUUUAAAGUUCAAAGCUAAUGAUCACGGAUAUGAUAAUUUCCGCUCCAGUAACAAGUACAGCUCUUCAUAAAACAAGCAUAAAAGAUAUAUUCUCUUACAUUAAAGUUGGUGCCUUUUUAAGUAAAAGUGGUAAUUACUUUUAACAAGAUGGUAAUGUUCAGAAAUAUAUAGUUUUUUAUUUGCACAAAAAAAGACCAUGAAAAAAAAUUGCCCUAAAACUGUGUCACAUUGAAAAUCACGGACAUUUAUAAAAUCGUCAUUUAUGGAACGCGAAGAAAAGCAUAGAAAGAACGAGUCAUUGUUAGCACUUGAAUACUUCUGAAUCAGCACUUCCAAAUGAUCCCCACUUCCUGUACAUUAAACGGUCAUUUGUAUUCUCUGUAACAGUUGUAGGAACUGAAGUCACAGUAAUUACUAAGUAGUAUAAUAUAAAGUUAAUUGGAUCAAAGCCAUUAUUAUAUAUAACUCAAUGUAUUAUCUUUUAUAAAACAGAUUAACCACCAUCACUAUUGUGAGGUUUUUUUAAAAAAACAUUAAAUAUUUUUUAAUAGAUGUUUAAAUGUAAAAAAAAAAGUAGAAUUUUUAUCAGGGAUUCUAUAGAGAUAGCUACUGAAAAUAUUAAAGGAUGCAGUGAAGUCAAAAGUGCAUUUUACUUUGAUGAUUGUUUUUACCUAUUAUUGUUAGAAGGAACCUCCCAAGGAUUCUAUAAAUACCAUUCUGUAACCACUGUGCAUGUUUAGGGCAUUUGGCAGCACUGUGGGUAUGAGUAUUUGUGUUUACUCAUAGCAAAAGAGAGAAAAACACACCAAAACCAAAAAAUUGUAACUACUAGAAACAUACAAACAAUGGCUGAUAUUUCAGCUAUUUUUAGCUGAAAACAAAUUGAUUGUAUUCCAUGUAAAAAGUGGGCAUUUGAGAGCCUGAUGGUUCUUUACUGGAGAUACUUUUACAACAAUUCACAACUGUUUUUGCAAUCCAAAUACUGUCCUGGGGAAAAAUGCUUUAGAAAGAUCAGAUGGAAAAAAAUUUAACCAAGAAAAACAGAGAGAGAAUUGGAACUGCUAUUUUCAUUUAGAUUUAAAUCUUAAUAAAGAAAAUAAUUCAUGAACUGUACUUCUAGAGAACAGUACUAUGUAGCAUGCUCAUCUUCAUACUGUUUUAAAAUAUGUUCUACUUCUCUAGUUCCAUAUUUAUGGGCUUAAGAAGACGUGUGAUUAGUUUCUGCAUCUGUAAAUAGUUUAGAGAAACAUAAUUAAUUGUAAAGUAUUAAGAUAUGGGCAGGACCCUGUAAGAAAACAGAAAGAUAAAGAUGCCUGUCGUAAACAUGGUGUGUGCUGCCAGGAGCAAUGCACAUUUUGUACAUACAUGACGGGUCAUUCUUUGGCUUUUCGUUUCCUAUUAAUUUGUUACAGAUGUCCCCAAAGACUUAUUAAUGUAUUUCAUGCACUAAAGCAUGAGUUUUUCAGGAAAAAUUGUCAUACAACAUGCUUUUAUAAAAUACUUGUUUUCAAUAGGCUUGGUAUUUUAUUAUAAUACAAAUAUUUAUCAAAACUCAGGAACUUUUUUAUUUUAAAUUUCCAAAUUUCUCAUGUAAGGAUUUUUACCUUGUUUUCCAAUUUUGAUUAACUUCAAAUUUUUUAAUAAAGUGCUUUAAAUAUGCUCUGCAUGAAAACAGCUUUCAUUAAAAUGUUCAACUGAUGAUAUUAAUUUAGAUGAUUUUCUGACUUUAGGUAGCCACAGCUACCUUGCAGACAGCUAAUAACAGGGGAGGUGAACCCCGUUGUGGUGUUGCCCCCAUCAAAAGCUAAUAAGUGUAUGCUUGUAUAAUCAAGCUGAGGAGAACCUAUGCACAUUCAUUUGACCAUGGGCACAUGGGUGUGUGGGUGUGUGGGUGAGUAUUGUGUGCAAGCAUGUAUGUUGUUUACCAUUAGGUUGCUGUUACCACCUUUCUGCAGCAAAUGCACUCAACUGCUAUAAUGCUGAACUUUUAUAAAUAUAAUUCUAUUCUAAGUUUUGUUCUUUACAUUUUUACCUUAACUUUCACGGUAACUUUCUCACAGUAAGCUGUGAAUAUUACUUCACCCUACCUGCAUCUAUUUCUGUGAAAUGCAUUUCAUCUGUUAAGGAUGGAUAAUCAGUUAAAUCCUAAGUUUGAUACUGAUCAGUGUUAUUUUCAUCAAAUUAUAUCGUUACAAUAUUGUACAUUUAUAUUAUUGUUAUUUUUAUUUAAAAUAUAGCUGUUGUAUUGGCAAUUGUGUAACAUACGUUUCAUUUUUUCCUGGACUAAUUCUUAGUUAAGACAAGUCCUGCUAAGUCAGAUAUUUAGGUUUUGCAAAUAAAGACAAUAUAUACUGCCCCCUUUAAUAUACAAAUUAAAUAUACAAAUAUUAGUGCACUUUUUGUCCUUUUUUCAGUAUUAUUCAAAGCAGUAUUUUUAGUUAUGUUCUCAUUUCCCGUAAUGAAAAAUUUCAAAACUUCUGCUCCUAUACAGUUCUAGCUAAGAUUAAAUAUCUUAAUACUCAAUACAGGUGUUUUCUGAAAUCCUCAGUAUAGGUCUAUGCCUCCAUUCACGGAAAUCAGUGAAUGUUUAACCAUUCAAUUCAGCUGGAGCAGAACUAGGGACGCAGAACAUAGCUCUUGGAAAAACCUAGCUGACAUUUGCUACCUUGAACUAAAAAAAGCUAAUUUUUUGGUUUUUAAGGAGUUGAUUAGGAAAGGUGGGAAAAGAGGGUAAAAUAAGCUUGUGGGGUAAAACAUCCAGUCUAAGGCUCUCUAAGCCCCAAACAGGGGUAGCAUAACAACUGCAGAGAGGCACAGCCUUCUUUAUAGGAGUUCGAUGUGCUUGCAGAGAGUUGUUUGACAGAGUAAGAGUCAUCUGUCCCAGUGGUCUGAUGAGUUGAUACAGAAUAGCUCAAGAUGAAAAAAAACUUGCAAGAAACUACAUCACAGCUCUGGGUUUUGGCCUUCAGAGAGUAGUUUGAUUUUAGUUCCCCGGCUGCUCUGAAUUCUACCUAAACUGAAUGGAAACACUGGUACUCAGAGAAUUGAAUGCAAAAUUUGACAGUUACGGAGCAUCUGCUGUGAGCUGUGACAUUUCAGUGUCCCAAACAGCUCUUAAUCAACACGUAGGUGGCUUAGCAAGAAAAUGUCGUAUGAACUGAAAUAAUGUUUAAAGGAUCUUUUAAUACUGUUCUGUAUAGCUGUGUAAAAUAAUUCUAUAUUUCAUUUUCUGUGUUCACUUAAAAUAGGAACUUCUGUGGUUCAGGCAGUGUAAACAUACUAAAUUACCAAUAAAAUAUUUGUAGUUUUGAUUCAUUA